AGCGAUAUUGAUGAGUCAUAGGGAAUUUUAGACUAAGCCACAUUAAUUAUGGCAGAUCCAAAAUAUGCAAAAUUACCUGGAAUUGACCUGAAUUCACCAGAUGUAUAUGAGACUAGCGACCUUCCAGAGUCGGAGCAGGGUAUUGUCCCUGAACAGGAAGAAAUUCCCAAUGAUGCUAUAGACAAAGUACAGCUCGACACGGAAACAGCUUACAAAAAGUUUAGAGGGAAAGGUGUGGAAGGACAAAAUAUUGAUUUUUCUGAUAAGAUAAGUGAGGAAAGAAGAACUGGUUAUGAUGCUAAAGUGGAAUAUGAACUGCUUGGGGAAGGAACUGGUAAAGUAGAAUCUCCACAACAGAAGUAUCUGAGGCUGCAACAUGAAAUACGGGAACUUAGUGAAGAAGUUAACAGGAUAAAGGACAAUAUAAAAUCAGAAUCCUCGGAGGAGAAACUAUCGCCGGUUGCUAUGGGCAAACAGUUAGAAUAUUUACAACAUCAGUUAACUGAUCUACAUUUAGAAAAAGUUCUUGGACCAGAUGCCUCCAUAGAUCUGUCAGAUCCUCAGGGAGCAUUACAAAAGAGACUGUUAACACAACUAGAAUCAUUUAAACCUAGCCAGAAACCAGCAUCUGCCGCUAGUAAGGAAAGUGGAGACAGUGGAGAUCAUGUGACCUAUGAAUUAUUCUACCGACCAGAACAGGCACAAUUCAGUAGAAAUGCAAAGCUUGCAAGUUUAGAGGAACGUUUGGAGAGACUGGAGGCUGCCAUGGGCAAUACAAACCAAGACAAACUGGGUUUACUUACAGCAGAUACAGACAACAAAAGUUUGGUGGGAGCUGUAGCUGUAGUGAACUCCAAGAUGUCCUUGCUUGAACCGACCAAUGUAGAGCAGGUAGAGGUGAGGCUACAUAGUGUAUUACAGAAACUUGACAAGAUUGCAGAGAAGAAAAAUACUCAAGAAGACGGGGAAAGACAGAACAAAAUAUCCGAGUUAUACAGUAUGGUAAAGAAAUGGGAGGCAACUGCUGAUGUUCUACCAAAGGUUGUGGACAGAUUGGCUGCCUUAAAAGAUUUACAUGAACAAGCUUUACAGUUUAGUCAAGCCCUGGCAUAUUUAGAUACAACACAGGAAGAGAUCAAUACUAGUCUAAAAUCACAUGGUGAUAUGUUAAAACAGAUGGAAGGCACUAUGAAUGAAAACAUUUCAACCAUUAAGAAAAAUUGUGAAAGUUUAGAUGAAAGAAUGAAGCAUUUAAAGUGAACAAACCACAGUAUUUAUCCAGUGAUCAGUGGUCAUGUCAGAGAUACAGGACUUGUAAAAUUAAUGUUUAUGACAUAAAGCCCAUGUACAUGUGAUUUUACUAUUUAAUGCAUCUUUUAUUGAAAGGAAAGAGUGUUCAGAUAUGUUGGUCAACCCUUAACUUGGAAAAACAAAACUAAGAGCAUAAAAAAAAGAGAGCAGUGUUUUAUGUUGAUUGUUGGUUUCUGUUCAAAGUGACAGAGUUAUAUAAACUUACUAUUUCAGAAAUAAAUUUGUUAGCUUCUGGAAAUAAUGUAUAAACUCGGAAUUUUGAAUGAUCUAUUCACAUAUUCAUUAAAUUUGUAAAGAAGAGUAUUAAAAUAUAUGUUAAAAACACCAUCGUUUAUAUGACUGAAGAAUUGUUGAAAAAGACGAACUCGAACACACACGCACGUUAACAAAACCAUUCAAAUUGACGUCACAAGAAUUGUUGGUAUGACGAAUAUGGGAAUUGCAAUAGUUGGCUUUUUCGCAAUUUUCAUUUUUGGUUUCCAUCGGUCAUGGUUGAACAAUUUAUCAGAUUUCAAAAAAAACAACAAAAAAACAAUGCAUAUGCUGUUAGAAGUCCUAUGCUUGUAAUACAGCUGUAAUACAUGAGACCUGACACAAGGUUUAAAAAAUCGGAAAAUUUAUUGGUAGCCCAUUAGCAGGCUGACAACAGAAGUUAACAAAAAUAUAAACUCUGAAUUUUAAAUGGUUACCAAUGGUUACCAACAACUUAUCAUUUAUAGGUGUUGUGCAAUAUUCAAAACUUUAAUGUAAAUGAUUGUAAACCUCUUACGACAUGAUGUAAAGUUCACAUUGUCUACUGCCAUAUUUAAUUAAUUCUUUUUCAUUUUUGUGUAACUUUUUGUUCGUUGGCUUAGGGUUGAAAUAUUUAUCAAAGGAAAGAACACAGAAUAUCAAAAGGUGCCCAAAAAUACUUUUAAUAUUAAGUCAAAACAUAAUUUUCUGCAGUUGAUCUAAAGCUGGUAAAGAAUUCAGUUUUUGGUUUCUUUGUAGGUUGUUAUCUUCAGCUUUUAGUUACAGUAUGAAAUAAGCUGGAAAAUUGGGAUAAAGAUUGCUUUCAAAAAAAAGUAGCAAUUCUAUUACCAUUAGAAUUUCUUGCCAGUACUUAAAAGAAAAUACUUUAAAUAUCGGAACCAUAGAAAGUUGAACAUUUUAUAUAAAUUACCAUAUAUUACUUGUAGAGCUUUGGUCUUAAAUUGGUGGUUAAGUUAUUUAUAUUUAAAAUCUUGUGAUGGAAUAUUAUUAUUAAAUGAAUAUCUUACUGAUA